AUGAAUGGCGAUGAUGAUGAUGAUGAUGAUGAUGAUAAUGUUCACGAUAGCACCGGCAGUGGUGCAACAUUACCAAAUGCCAAUAAAAAUGACAAAAGUAGGAAUUCUCUACUCUGUUUUAAAAGAAAGAAGUCACCAUACAAGACUAAAGGUACCACGCCUAGUGACAAUAAAAUUAAGAAACCUACACUUUCAACAAAGCCUUCCAGUGAAGCUACACGUUCAAAAGAUACAACCUCUAAAACACAUCAAGCUGAAACGUCAAGAAAUUCGCCAAUAUCUUUCACAAACAUUACUGAAAUAUCUCUGUCUAAAGAAGAAGAUGAAGUGAAAACGAAGUCAUUCAAGGAUGAAGACCAUGGUGUCAAUGAAACUACAAAACAACACAGAGACAUAGAAUCACAUGAACCUGUGAAAACUGAAGUUGAAGAGGUUGAAAAGUUAUCACUUGAAGAGUAUGUUCUACUUCAGGAGAAUUUCGACUAUUACAACAGAAAUACAGACCAAAGACAAGAAGAGCAGCUAGGACAACCACAACCACCAUCACCACCACAACAACAACAGCAACAAAAACAAACGAGUUCGAAUGAUCAAGAACUCGUCAAAAGUAAAGAUGUAGCAUUCGACGAAAACCUGUGCAAAAUUCAAUCGUCAUCACAAGAUGAUGAUAUAAGCAAAUCACCUUCACAUUUGCCUGUCCUAACUGACCGAAAUGAAAAUCCGGAAAAUUAUCCAACAUCAAUAGAUGACUCUGAUGCAGUGAUGAAAGAAGAAAAUAUCCUCCCGGCUGCUUUAAAUUUAAGAAUAGUCCAGUCAAUUGAUAAUACUGAACAUGUACUUGCAGAGAAUAAAAUUUCCUUGAAUACAUUAUUUCAACCAGAUGUUGAAACACUGGAUGAAUUAGAUCCAGUGAAUGCGGUGUAUAAUGCAACUGAGCGAAAUGCCCUAACAAAACAUGAGCCUCCACUGAAUCAGACAACUGCUACAAGCUCUAAAACUAUCCAACAUUGUGAACUGCCAUCUGUUAAACUCACUAUUACAGCUUCUACAUCAAGUCCACAAAAGUGUAAAUUCAAUGAAAAAAAUAAUUAUUGUAUGUGUGGUUGUUCUCUUGUUAACAAGAAUACAAAUAUGCAGCGUGAACAAACAAUCGGAAAUUCGUCUGCAGAAUGUGGAACAGAUGAGGAGUUUUCUAGAAAGUACAGUACUGAGUCUAAAGUACAAUUAUCACAGUCACAACCGAAGCCAUUGCCAUUGUCAUUGCCAUUGCCGAGAGAAUCGCAGAGAACACCAACACCACCGCCAAGAUCAGAAACACCGACACCAACACCGACAACGACGCCGCCAACAUCACCACCAUUGUCAAUAUCAAAACAAUCUGAACUGUCGAAAUCAGUACAGACUAUGACAUCAUCGACAACAGCUUUCAAAACUCCAGCAUUACUAAUACUGCCUGAAACAGAUAUACAAAAGUCGGGAGAAUCAGCGCCAAGUGUGUCAUCAACAAAAAUAAUAGCAGCAGCACAGAAACACCCACCUGCAACACCAUAUGAACGAAUAGUGUGUAAUUGUGCAGUGAAAGCCAAUCACUGUCACUGUUCCAAUAGAAUAUGCACCACUUUCAAGCAAAUUGAACAAAUGCACUAUCCGUACAACUGUAAGCCAUAUAAAUAUAUUCUUUGUCCUACAGAUAAAGGCUUACAACAGUGUGAUUGUCUAAUUCUGUGUAAUCAUCAGAACGGACUGAGUGUAAGUCGACAGUAA